CCACCGGACCAUGCCCGCUGCCGCCGCCGCCGCGCCCCCUGCCCUGCCUCCCGGCGCGGGGCCGGCGCCCCCGUGCUGCCCCUACCUGCACCACCCGGGGCACCGAGGCCUGUUUGACCACACUUUACAUGGUAUAAGUUCCAGAGUAACCGAGAGGAAACUACAAGGAACUUGUCCACCCAUCGCUCAUGGAAAUUUUGGCAAACCAUUCUUGGGUGCCAACAGUUAUAGUUCUCCAUUUUUUAAUCCCCGUAAUGAUUUUCACACAAUCCAUUCAGAGAACAGCCCGGUGAAGCCCAGGAUUGUGACAGUCGUGAAACCAUGUGGACACACACUCAGGAAGAUCACAUUGCUUCUAAACAGGCGAUCGGUCCAAACUUUUGAGCAGCUGGUGGCUGACAUAUCGGAAGCUCUGGGAUUUCCACGUUGGAAGAAUGAUCGUGUGAGAAAACUUUAUAAUCUGAAAGGAAGAGAAGUAAGAAGUGUCUCUGAUUUCUUCAGAGACGGGGAUGCAUUUAUAGCUAUGGGAAGGGAACAGCUAACUUUGAAGAACCUGGGAGUGGUAAUACAAGAACUUUAUCCUGAUAGCCCAUAUGCUGUCAGCAUCAUUCAGCAAAACUGGGAACAAUCCCAAAAGCUUAAGAACAGGCUACUUGACAAGUCUUUUAAAGUGGAAAAAGGCUUUGAGACAGAGAUUGCCAAGAACUGCUGUGAUGCCAUACCUCCCCAAGCAGUUGCCAGACACGAAGGAAAAGCUCAAACUAAGACCAAGCAAGAGGAAAAGGUUAAGGCCAAAAAAAAGUGGUGCAGAAAAAGUUGGGGUGGAGACAAAGAUGUGAAGGCUUCUAAAAAAGCCAAAGAAGGAGAAAGGUACUUUAACCAAGAGAAAAGUCCUGAGAACAAAAUGGAAAAGAUUUCAGAUGAAAUAGUCAAAUGUGAGAAGUGUGAAAGAGAGAGACAGCUCAGGCAAAAACUACAAAUGGAAAGGCAGGCUGAUGUCUCUUUUGAGAGCAGAGACCUUAACAUGGGAACAUGUCAGAGAUAUAAUUUAGAAAGGAAUGUAAAAAUUAGGAAUUUCAGGAAGUCUUCAGAAAACUCUAUGGAAGAUGAUGAAGCUGGAUGGACAGAUAAUGGCUGUAGAAGAAGCUGGAAGCCUGUGAAUCAUAGGAACAUUAAUGAUGAGCUGGAAAAACAAAAGAGGGGUAUAGAGAAAGAAAGAGAUCUAGAAAGGCAUGAAAAUCAGGACAAAGAAUUAGUAAAAAUAAAGAAAAUCCCUGUAGAAGCUAUUCCGGUGACUCAAGAAGCAAAGAAGGAGAAUGGAAGUAGUUCUGCAAUUAGUCAAAGUGGUAAGGUAAUAAAGGACUGUCAGGGAGACUCAGAGAAACCAAUAAAAAUGCCUGGGAAGAACAAAGAUGUUUGGAAGCCAAAAGAGGAAGGUGCUGGCGUGGAAAACAUUAUAACACGUGAAGAGGGGGAACUGAAAAGAGCAGAAAAGGUGGGAGAACAUAGAGCCAACAAAGAAGAAAAAAAGCCACAAGAAUUUGAAAGCAGAGGUCUGAGACAUAUUGUCAAAGGGAGAGGUGAUGUGGAGAGCUACUAUGAAAUCCGCAGAACUAUUGGGGAUGGGAACUUUGCUGUUGUGAAGGAGUGUCGACAGUGCAACACAAACCAGAUUUAUGCCAUGAAAAUUGUUGACAAGUGCAAGCUGAAGGGGAAGGAGGAUAUGAUGGAAAGUGAAAUUUUGAUCAUUAAGAGCCUUUCUCAUCCCAAUAUCGUGAGCUUGAUUGAGGUGUAUGAAACCGAGGCUGAGAUCUAUCUAAUCCUGGAGUAUGUUCCAGGAGGGGACCUAUUUGAUGCAAUCAUAGAGAGCGUAAAGUUCACUGAGCAUGAUGCGGCCCUCAUGAUAACAGAUCUGUGCGAGGCGCUAGUUUACAUUCAUGCCAAGAACAUUGUUCACAGAGACCUCAAACCUGAAAAUCUUCUGGUUCAACAUAAUGCAGAUAAAUCCACUAGACUAAAACUAGCAGAUUUUGGCCUUGCAAAGCUGGUUACGAAACCCAUAUUUACUGUUUGUGGAACUCCAACAUAUGUUGCACCUGAAAUACUUGCUGAAAAGGGUUAUGGCCUGGAAGUAGACCUGUGGGCUACUGGAGUGAUACUCUACAUACUGCUAUGUGGCUUCCCCCCUUUCCGCAGCCAAGAGCGAGACCAAGAAGAGCUAUUUCAAAUCAUACAGCUGGGUCACUAUGAAUUCCUUUCACCGUACUGGGAUAAUAUUUCUGGUGCAGCCAAAGAUCUGAUAAGCAGGCUGCUGGUAGUGGAUCCCCAGAAACGCUACACAGCUCAGCAAGUUCUUCAGCAUCCCUGGAUCAGAACAGCUGGAAAAACCAACAGUAGGAACCUGCAGAGGGAAGUGACAAUUAAUAUUGAGCGCCAUUUUCGGAGCCAGCGCAGGAAGGAAGUUGCAAAUGAGGACACAUGAAGUUCCUUCAUGUCAAGCUAGUCAUCUCUUCUGUCUCUCUCCCUUUUUUUUUCUUUUCUAAAUGAGUUGGGCCCAGGGUUUGUUGUUGGGCAUUGUUGCUUUCCCUGUUUCUAAGAUUUUGAGAAUCUGGAAAAGUGCAGGAUGGUGAGGCCAAUCUCCACUAAUGUUACUGCGAGUUAACUUCAAGUGAGCAUUGGCUUGGUCACCCAGUGUGUCCUUUUUAAUGCUGAAUUGGGUCUAUAUUUAAGCAUAUGGUUCUUUUUUGUAGAUUAAGAUGUGUUUCUGCAGCUAAUAUUAGUGAUCAUUUGGGGGCAUUUUCUAUCCUUAUUUUGUAUGGCAGCUACCAGAAGCUUUGUGUUCCUGGAGCCUUGUUUAAUGAACAAGUGUACACCCCCUGCACUAACCCUCUGCACCAUACCUUUAUACAAAGUACUGUUAGCAAUGGGAAGUAUGAAAAAACAACAACUAAACAAAAGUAUCGUUUAGCUAAAGGACACGUUAGACAUGAUACCGAAUACUUUGAUUCAAUAUAAAUAGUGGUGAGCUAAUCCAGGUACGGAAAAACUUGAAGCCAUCUUUUUUCAGUUGUGUGUUGUAUUAACAUAAGGGUUGAUGCAAACCUAUGUGAAAACUUAAGUAUGGAGGAGGGAAUGAAGUCUUGCAGCCUUAUGUACAGAUUUAAAUAUUUUGCAGUACCUUUUGGGAAACAUCCUCUGUUAGUCAUUCUUGGAGACUGGGCAAAAGACCAGACCAUCAAUCUAUUAUGGCUACAAUAACUUAUUUGUUUCUAUGCUGAUUCAUUUUUAGGGCAAAGUACAAGGCAAGGUACAAGGCCUUGCUGUGUGUUGCUGAGGAGGAACAAACUCUGGGAACAAAUCUGGCAAUUUCUGAGGGAAUUUUGGCUUCUUUUUAUUGAGGAGUAUAUCAGUCUUUUCAAGAUUAAAUUUCACAAAUUCGCAUUUAUGGAUCUUGAUUCUCACGUGCUGAAGGAGGCAGAGUCAUGGAACUCCCUUUGUGACCUGCUUGUUAGCACCCAUGCUUCAGUUUUUCUUCCCUUAACUUGGUGGCUGCUUAAUUGCCUUUCUGCUUUGCUGGUGUCCUGUGCUAACCUUUUCUUUCUGGUGCCUUCCCUGGUGUCUUUUCCUCUAUUUCUCUCUCCUUAGGGUUUCACUUGGAAGGGCUAGAAGUAUGACUAAUGAAAUGAAAUUAGACAAAACGCUUAACUCAGGAAAUAUAUUUUGAUUAUUCUAAGGGAAAGUCUGUCAAGGGAAGUCGUAGAAGUUUCAUUGCUCAAUUUAUUUAAUGCUGGACUGGGUAAAAUAAAAAAAUAAAUAUUAGGAAAAUAGUGUGGUCCUUGUAAGCGAUAUGGCUUAAUACAUCUUUUGUAUUUCAGACUUGUUUGUUAUCAACCCCAAAACUGAAAAGGAUGUUAAUUGGUGGUUUACACUAAACUGUCCAGCAACUCAAUAGCUGGACAACAGCUGACAUUUUAAACAUUAUAAGCAUUGAGUUAAAAACUCAUGGAAACGAAUUGGUAAGUUCACAUUCCCAAACCUGUCAUUGCAGUCUCUCCCUCUCUGUAGAUACAGAAAGAGAAUGCCAUACCACUUCAUAAUCAGAAACACACUUUUGUAAUCAUAAAGGUUAGAAUAAUUUUAAAGCUGAAAGCUAAAAUUGUGCAAAUGAGUAAAAUAUGACAGUUGAAAGCUGCCUCAUAUCACUGAGUGGGAAAUUGCACCCUCAGUGAAAAAGUUGAAUUAGAUUAUGUUUAAUGCAUACUGAAUUGAAUUCCAUAGCAGAUGUUAAGUACUAAUCAAACAAAACUCAUCAACUUUUAAAUUAUUCCAAGAAUUAUAUUUACAUGAUAUACUAUGCUUUUGUCUUCAGGCUCUGGUUAAGUAAAGCCUUCCUCUUCAGGAGAGAAGUAAAGCAUAUGCUCUUGUGCUUUUCUGGACAGAGAUGGAUUUCACCACAUGCUUAAGUGCAUUCCUGAGUCAGGGCCUUAAAGAGAACCAGUAUUAAAAACCUGCUUCUGGUAAUUGUGUCACAGUCAUAUAUUCCCCAUGGCAAACUUUUAUUAAUUCUAUCACUGACAUGAAACCAUGGAAAAACAUCUUCUGACAGAUGAGAUCAAAUAUUACACUUCUUUUUAAAUUCAAAAUAAAAUUUGAAGUGACAAAAGCAUGUUACAGGGACAGUGAAUAUUUCGGCAUUUCCAGGUCACCUUUAAGAGCACGGUGUGUUGCUCCUUUCAUGGUAAAUAGGAGACAGGGCACAUCUGUAAAGAGUAUAAAAGGGAUUUUUUAUUUCGGGGUCUUGUUCUCUCCGGCUUUCUAGAUACCUCACUGACUAGACACAGCCUUGUGCUACCACACAAAAUCUCUCAAGUCUCAGCCUUAGACUAAGGAGGGGAAUUAUAAGUAUGCUUGGAGGCAGCACAGAGUUGUUGAUCUUGCAUAAAGCUGAGGCACUCCAAUCUUCAGCCUCAGGUAAGAGGUACAAAGAGCUUCUCAGUAUUCCUCCUCUGGGAUUUUAUAUUUGUUUCACUCCCCUUUCAGAGUUGUUGCCUUCUUUUUAUUUUCCUUCUGCACUGCUCUGCUCUUCCCUUGCCUCCCUGACCAAGGGGUGGGAUCUAGGGCCAUCCAGUCCACGGUACUUGAAGCUAGCACUUAUCAAUGACUGCUGGCGGGUGCACCUGGCUCAGCCAUGAGAACUCAGGCAAAGCAAUCUGGUAAAGGGAGGUGGCUCAGAAAGCCCCAUCCUGCCUCAAGGAAUCGUAGAAAAUGAAGGUGGGAAGGGACCUGAGGAGGUGUAGUCCAACCCUCUGCUUAAAGCAGGACCAUCCCCAAAUAUUAUCAUCCCAGACAAGGCUUUGUCUACCCAGGUCUUAAAAACCUCCAUACCUCCAGGUAGUUGAAGAAUGCUAUUAAAUCCCCUCUUAGUUUUCUCUUCUCCAGACUAAAUAAGCCCAGUUCUCUCAGCCUUUCCUCAGAAGUCAUGUGCCCCAGCAUCCUAACCAUUUUCAUUGCCGUGUACUGGACUGUCUCCCAUUUGUCCACAGCCUUUCUGGACACAGUACUUCAGAUAUGGCAUUAGCAGUGCUGAAUAGAGGGGAAUAAUCACUUCCCUCAAUCUGCUGGUAACACUCCUACCAGUGCAGCCUGGUAUGCUGUUAGUCUUCUUGGCAACAAGGGCACACUGCUGGCUCAUAUUCAGCCUAUUGUCCACUGUAACCCCCAGGUCCUUUUCUGUAGAGCUGCUGCCCAGCCAGUCAGCACCCAGCCUGUACUGGUGCAUGGGAUUGUUCCAUCCUAAGUGCAGGACUUUGCACUUGUUCUUACUGAACUUCAUGAGAUUUCUUUUGGUCCACUCCUUCAAUGUGUUGAGGUCUCCCCCUAGCUUGGUGCCAUCUGCAAACUUGUUGAGGGUGCACUCCAUUCCAUCUUCCAGGUCGCUGAUGAAGAUAUUAAACAAAACCAGCUCCAGGACUGACCCCCUGUGGCACUUCACUUAAUACCAUCUGACAACUGGGCAUCAUUGGCUAAUACCCUUUGACCCUGAUGAUCCAGCCAGUUUUCUAUCCACCUUGCUGUCCUUUCAUCUAACCCAUACUUCCUUAGCUUGUUGGCAAGAAUAUUGUAGGAGACCAUAUGAAAAGCAAAGUAUAUAAUGUUCACUGCUUUCCUUUCAUCCACAGAGCCAGUCAUCUUGUCACAGAAGGCAAUCAGGUUGGUCAGGAAUAAAUUGCCCUUGGUGAAUCCAUGCUGGCUGUUCCUAAUCACCUUCUCCUUUGCCAAAUGCUUAGAAAAAGGACCUGUUCCAUGAUAGAAAUAGAUUCCUUGAGGACCUGCUCCAUCUAACACUGGCUUUCCCCAAGCUUUCUCCUCUGUAUACCACUACUUUUCAACCCAGGUCCACUAUUUAUGUUCUUCUAGAUGGAUAUACUUAUCCGAGGGGCAGUGUUCACACUUGCAUCUGUCUUUUUGUCUUUCAUUAGUCUUCCCUGAUGUCACCUUCUCCAUGGAUUUGGACCUUCUUUUGCUAGUUUCUUUGCAAAAGCAUAAAUGUAGAAGGAAAGUUGACUCCGCCGCUCAGGAAAGUAGCCAAAAAAAAAGCCAGAGAAGACUAAAACCCACAAUAAGAUCAUGCUCUCACCUUUUUCACUUCCUUUUACUGAGGAUGGUGACCUUUCUUUCCCCCUCUCAAUUGUUAUUUUUCUGAUUUGGACUGUUCUGCUGCUAGACUAUUCCAUUAAAAUAACAAUAAAAAAUAAUUACCAAUGUCCUUAUGACUUUGCAUAUUAAAACCAGAAUAGAUCAGGCUGUGUUGAUAGGUUUACCAAUUCCAGAGACCCAAGAAAGCAAUGGCAUCUCCUUUAAGGGAUAAAAUGUAGUAACUGUGUUUCAUAAAUACUUUAUAAAAUACAAAAGACAACGGCGUGUUUCUUUCUUUUAAGCUGCCUCCAUAGUUAAAUUGAUUAAGAAGACUGUCAUUUCUUUAGGGGGAACCACAGCUCCUAAAGAUCCAGCUAACAGAUGUUUUGGUUAUCACUUGGAAAACACUAUGAGACAUCUUUAACAUCCUUGAUGUGAUCAGUAUUGAUAGCUUUGCCCUUUUCUCCUCUCCAUUAGCUAUCACUGUACACUACUCAGAAUUUAAUCCAAAUGUCUUCUGUGGGUGUCUUCUUUUACCAUGACUCUCAGCCUAACUGCUGGCAGCUCUCUCUUGGGACACUUUACUUCACUGGUUAAAUUUUUUCUUGAUAAAGUUGUCCUCAGCCUUCCUUGUUUCUUUGUCCAGGUCAGCUUCACUUUUCACCUUAAGAAGCACAUGGCAUUGCUUGUCUUGUGACCCCGUUCUAUUGUCUGUUUAUCUUGGGUUUCUAUAUGGCUUUUGUUACCGUAAUAUGAGAUACUCUGAGUCUUUGCUGAAAUUCUUAGAAUACGCAUGUGAGGAAGGAAAAUUCAGUUACAGAUACAGAGCUUAAGCACAGAGAGGCUCAUAGCUGGAUUUUGAAAGAAGUUUCACUUAUGUAGACAUGGGCUGCUUGCAGAUGUUAAAACAAAACAUUUGGAAGAAGCACUGUGUUAGUUUGACUUGGCUCUGCAAUGCCUAUAUAGAUCGUGGGCUUCAGCGGGGCUUUUUGGCACUUUUAUCUAACAGCUGAUUCAGUCAGCUGUUAAAGUGCCAAAAAAGCCCCACUAAAGUGCCCAGUCUAUACAGAUAUUGAGUGAGCCGGGUCCCAAUAACGUGUUGUGUCUUUUGGGCCUGAGCUGAGCUCAGCGUGGGAACACGCUGAGUUUAAAGUAAAGCGCCAUUUUGUUUUGUUUUGUUUUUUUAACAUCUGCAAGCAGCUAUGGAUAUUAGUGCAAUGCCUAGCUCCAUUAAAAUCAAUGGGACUUAAGUACCUAAAUACCUUUAAGAAAUCUGGGCUUCCAUGGCAUGUGUCAUGUCACACAGGAAGUCUGUGGCAGAGCAGAAACUUGUGCUGUCACACAGGAAGCAGAACAGAAACUUUAGCCCAGUUCUCUUACACUGAUGGUUUAAUCAAUGGAUCAUCCUCAUUCAGUUGGGCUCUUUGUGAUCUCUUACCAUUCUGGUUAGCUUAGAAGAAAGCCAUAAUCUGGAAUCAUCAAAGCCAUUACCUGACUUUUAGUAUACAUGUUCUAGGGGUGUGCAAAGUGGGCUCUGUUCGACUUGGAUUCGGCCGAAAUUGGGGACAGUGAUUCAAUUCGUUAAUUUGGAUCGCCGUCCCUGAUUUGAUUCGGCCAAAUCCAAAUCUGAAAAUUCAGUGCUGAUUUGGAGAAUCGACGACUUGGUCAUAGACACAGACACAGCUCUAAAUGUUUUUUUCUACAUAUAGUAAAAGCCGUGUUAGCUGGCAUGCUCUAUUAACCGGCAUGCUGGGUUGUAAGGUAAAAGUGAAACCGGAAGUGCCCACUGUGGCACUUCCAGUUUCACUGAGCCCCCAUGGCUCGGGGCAAAGCAGCCUGCGCUGCCGAGCCCCAACAACAACAGUUCUUUUUCCCUUUUCUCUUCCCGCCACCCUGUCCCUCGCAGUGGGCGGGGCAGCGGUGCACCAGACAUGGCAGGAGAAGCGGCCUCUCAGGUUACCGGCAUAUUUUUGUUAUCCAGCACCCCUGAUUCCCCAUGGGUGCUGGAUAACAAAGCUUUUGCUGUACCUUGAGGUACCAGCGUGGCUCGUGAACGCUGCGAUGCUGAGGUGGAUGAAGCGACCCACAGGAGUGUGGGGGGGCCCCCCCACACGCUCGGCGGUGAACUUGGCAGUCGAUCGGAAGUACUUCUGGUCCACUUCUGGGUCUGCGGGGGGCACGCAGGGGCCCCACCCCCAGCUCAGUGAUCGGUUGUGGGGGAACCCUGGGUGCCCCUCCCCCCAGACCCAGGAGGCACCAGUCACCAAGCCGGGGAAGGCGGGGAGGCCCCCUGUGUGCUCUCUCGUGGACCCGGAAGUGGACCAGAAGUGCUUCUGGUCCAUUUCUGGGUCUGCUGCCGAGCAUGCUGGCGACCCCCCCAUGCUCCUCUGGGACACUUAAUCCGCCCCAGCAUCACAGCAUUCACGAGCUGCCUGCCACCUAGAGGUAUGUUGAAAAAAAAUGUAAAGCUGUAUCUGUGUCCAAAUUGCCAAAUCUUUCCGAAUCUCUCUGAAUCGAUUCGGAAAGAUUAAAGGGUCCUCUGAUUUGAUUCAGAUUUGGCCACCGAAUUGGGCUGAAUCUCUGCCGAAUCAAAUCGGGGACCAAAGCUUCACACAUCCCUAACGUGUACAUCAGGCAUUAUGAGGUAGAUCUCUUUAGCUCCCUUGUGCUAAUGCAGCCUUUGGUUGCAGGUAAAUAGGGAUAUGUAGAACUUCCCACUCCACACUUUGGUCUUUGACUCUGGUUAGCAAUUCCACUGUGAAAAUGAUUUUCUCUAGAAUUGGUUGGUUCCCCCCCCCCGUAACGUCCACAAUUUAGAUUAAUUCAGUCUACCUGAGAAUGUGACAAAUUUGUUCAGUCUGUGAACAGACAUUUGCAAAUGCAUGUAUCCACCAAUUUGCAUUCCUUCUUAUUUGAUGUCCUUUGUCUUGCAUAAGUGUCCGGGAAACUGCUUUUGGUGCCAUGUUUCUAGACGUGCCCUUUUCUGUCCUUUGCAAGUUCAACAGCAGAAUUUUUAUGGAGCAGUUUUCUUGGCUUCUCAGUGUGGACCCUCAUAGUAAUUUGGAAUGUAUAUUGAUACUCUUGGUCCUACAGUGAGUCCAAUUUACAAGUAGAAUGAUAUGGUAUCAUUAAUCCAACUGAACUCAUGAACUUCAGUGUGAAUUUUAUUUUCUGAUGGAGGAAAACUACAUAGUGUAUAAUAUGUUCUCUAAUCUCUACUGUAUUAUGACUGUGUCUCUGGGAAUAUAUGUCUGUGUAUGUAUGUAGGGUUUUUAAAAAUAAUUUUUUGCUUUUUAUUGUUUAAAUUGGCUGAUAUUUCAUGGUCUGGGUAUAAAAUUUGCCUUCAUUUUCAGUUGAAAAGUCCUUUUAUGAAGACACCUUCCUGCAAACACUUAUGCAUGUGCUUAAUUGCAUGACAGCGAUUAGUCGCAUUGAAAUCAAUGGUACUACCCGCAGUAGUAAAAUCAAGCACAUCAAAAGUGUUGGUCAGGACCAAGAUCUAAAUUAAUUCCAAUCAUAUCCUUGCUUCACUGCCAGUCAUCGGGUCCACUAAACGUUUUGUUCUUGAAAUCAAUCCUGUCAAAGAAAGUUAUUUCCUUAUUCACAUUAUUCACAUAGCACUGAAUUAUGAUAUCAGCAAUUCAUUUGUUAAAACAAUAAUUUAUUCAAAAACAAAUUAACUUAUUUUACAAGUGAAACAAGCAGUGAUGGGUACAAGUGAUGUUUGGUACAGAAACUACCUAUUUAAAAUGAUAUAUUUAGCAAUUUGUGUAUUUUUCAAUCCUGACACUGAGAACGCUUUAUUCCUAUAGGUCAACAAUAUUAACAAUCUUGUACGUGAAAGAGCAUGAAUAGAAAUGCAUAUGAUAAGUGUAUAGCGUAUUAGAAGAAGUUGUAGGAGACACAGGUUUUCUCUUUUGACAUUGAGUAUUUAUGAUAAAGUAGCUACCAUUAAAAGUGCUUACUUUUAUUACAUUCUGGUAUGUAAGAUACCACAGCGAUAACUAUGGCUCUAUUUGUUAGGAAGUUGACCUUUUUAUGGCAAUCACUCUAAUUGAUAGCACUGUAUUUUAAUGGUAUGUGUAGAGGGUUAAUUAAAACUGAUUUAAUGCUUUAUUUUAAUGAGUGGGGUAUAGCUAUUUUUCCUGUGUUACUAAUAGUUGAAGUCACAGUCCAGCAAUAUUUUACUGAAAUGGGCUAUUAAAGUUGUCACCAACGCAUGCUGUUUUUUGACAAAGUAAGAGAUAACUUCUUGCAUCAUCUAGUUUGCUGUUUCACAAUACAGCCUUACACUGCAAAACAAGGAUUUAUGUACAUACAGAUAAAGCCUGUGUUAGCAUUUCAAACACUGCUCUGAUAGUUCAGAAAGUUAGGUUUAACCAUUAAGAAGAAAAGUAGUUCCAAACGGGGAAAAAAAAGAAAAUGAAUAUGUAUAAACUGUCAUGGAAACUUUACCUUUGUGCUCUGAGUUUAACAUGAUACUUACUAAAUGUGGUAAACAGUGAGAUAAGCAAAAGAUUAAGAUCUUAAUAACUAAAAUCUUCAAGGGACCUGGGUAAAUAUAACAUUACAGCAGUUCAUCUAAAGCUAGCAAUAAGCGUUUCAGAUGUAAAGAAGUAGGAUAAUCUACAUAAUGGCAAAAUGGACAUAUAUUGAUUAGGAUAAUGAUUUAGGAUCUACUACCAAAAACUUCCUCUUGCAUUUGUGUCUAGCUGUAGCAAAUAAAAUACACUGGCUACUAGACUUGGUUUCUGGAAGAGUGUUAUAUCAUAAAUGAGACAGUGAUGCCUCCUAGAACACAGUGAUCAUCUCUGUACUGUAAGGUGGCAUUCAUCCUGAAGGAUUUCGGCAUAAGCCUUUCCAAUCAAUAUUUGAUUUCAAAGAUGGAUACAAGUUUUCUAGAUGGACAGUAAUUUCAGAGUUUAUUGUUAGUCUCUAAAAUCCAUUAGAAUAGCAGGGAAUCAAGCAAACACUGCUGGAUUUUCAAAAAAAGUGUCUAUUUUUGUAAUCCUAAACACUUGUAGCUGCACAGUUUGACAUGUUUGACAGUUGUAAUUAAAUAUUAAUGCAUUGGGGCAUAAGCUUAUCAUAUGACAAGCUCAGAAAGAGUGUGUUUUAUACCCAUCUUAGGCAUGGCAUGAGCUAGCCAGAUUAUUUGAUAUUGCUACUAGAAGCACAAUAUUUAAAGACCUUAAAUGAAUUUGCUAAUGUCUGUUUGUUGAGAAGCGUACAUCAUAGACCAACAUUUCAAACACUGAUGCAGUGAAGCAUCCGUAAAAAGUAUGUAUAUAUACUACAUAGAUAAAAACGUGCCAGAUGUGCAGUAGCCUAGUUUUUGUGCAUAUUUCAAACAAAACAAAACAAUUAAACGACAAAGGAACACUUUACUUCUACUACUUUUUCCAAUAUCUCUUUAUUUUCCUGAUGUAAAUUAAUGCUGUAGACAAGUCUAAUCAACCUUUAAUGAGUGAAAUAAAAAAAUAAGUGUUUUCCCUUG